CCACUAUUUUCGCCAUCGGAUUUCAUAUGCUUGGGAAAUUUUCGGCUCAUUGAAGAGUCAAAGUCCCUUCCGUCUCCUUUUACUCAAAAGUUUCUUUCCCCAAAUUCACAUUCACAUUCGGACAAACGGCCGCAGCUGCCAUAAAAGGCCACCAAAAAUUUUAACACACCCACUCCCCUAAAGUAUCCCCUCUUUCUACAUAUUCGGCAAUUCUGUGUGUGUGUCCGCCGCCGCCGCCGCAGCAUACGACACCGACGCAGCCGCGAUCGCCGAUCCGUUGUGUACAAAAGUCAUCGCCCUUUCUCUACUCUGAGCUCUCAAUUUUCUGGCCAUGGAACUGCCGGAGCGUGCCGGUAUCCCUCUUGAGGCAGCCGAGAAGAUAAUUCUGCGCUGGGACUCGACUGCCUCGGAAGAGGCCAGAGGUCGGAUGAUAUUCGACGGCGAUCGGUCCGAAGUCGAUCGUUACUUGCAGGCUGUUGACGAAAUUCUGCGAUCGAUUUCGUCGGCCUCGAUCGCUGAUGAUGAGAGCAAGGUCAACAGCGUAAUCCAGAUCGCCAUGGCUCGGUUGGAGGACGAGUUUCGCAAUCUUUUGAUUGGUCAUACCAGUCCGAUGGAGGUCGAGUCGCUUCUGGAUUCGAGUGGUAGUUCGUCUGUUCACACGAGUUUGAGAAGUGACAGUGGGAGUGAGUUUCGUGUUGAUGAUUAUUCCGUUGAUGAGCACGAGGAUGUGAUUAAUAAAGAUGAAGAGCUCCAGAGAGUUGAAUCAAGUGGCGGUUCGAGUUAUCGAUCGACGAGUAGUAUUCGCGAGAUGGAUCUGAUUCCUUCCGAGGCAAUUAACGAUCUCCGAAGCAUAGCGGAGAGGAUGAUCGCUGCUGGUUAUCUGCGGGAGUGUGUUCAGGAGUACGGAAGUGUGAGGAAGUCUGCGGUGGACGCGAGCUUCCGGAGACUCGGCAUCGAGAAGUUGAGCAUCGGCGACAUCCAGCGGCUGGGGUGGGAAGCGUUGGAGGUGAAGAUCCGGCGCUGGAUUAGAGCUGCCAAGGUCUGUGUGAGGAUACUGUUUGCCAGCGAGAAGAAUCUGUGUGAGCAAAUCUUUGAUGGAAUUGGCACGGCCGUAGAGGACGCGUGUUUCAUGGAAACAGUAAAGGGCCCUGCAAUUCAGCUCUUCAACUUUGCAGAAGCAAUAAGUAUAAGUCGGCGAUCGCCGGAGAAAUUGUUCAAGAUCUUGGACCUUCAUGAUGCUUUGUCUGAUUUGUUACCCGAUGUCGAUGCUGUUUUUCGGUAUAAGUCUGCAGAAUCGGUUCGAGUUCAGGCCGUAGAGAUAUUAUCCCGGCUGGCAGAAGCCGUGAGAGGGAUUUUAUCCGAAUUCGAAAACGCCGUGCUUCGUGAGCCGUCACAGGUUCCGAUACCCGGGGGUACAAUUCACCCCUUGACGAGGUAUGUGAUGAAUUACAUCAGUUUGAUCUCUGAUUACAAGCAGACCUUGAUUAAACUGAUAGUGUCUAAGCCGUCAACCGGGUCAAGAUAUUCAGGCGAUCCAACGAUGCCAGACAUGGAAUUCGCUGAGCUGGAGGGGCGAACCCCUUUGGCCCUGCACCUAAUUUGGAUCAUUGUAAUUUUACAAUUCAAUUUGGAUGGCAAGUCCAAGCACUACAAAGAUACUUCCUUGGCUCAUCUUUUUAUUAUGAACAAUGUUCACUACAUUGUUCAGAAGGCUAAAGGGUCACCAGAACUGCGGGAGAUGAUCGGAGAUGCUUACCUGAAGAAGUUAACAGGGAAAUUCAGGCAGGCGGCGACUAGUUACCAGAGGGCGACCUGGGUUAGAGUAUUGUAUUGCUUGAGAGACGAGGGUCUUCAUGUGAGUGGGAGCUUCUCGUCUGGGGUCUCCAAGGGUGCUUUGAGAGAGAGGUUCAAGGCCUUCAAUUCUAUGUUUGACGAGGUGCAUCGGACUCAAACUACAUGGUUGGUGCCAGAUUCUCAGCUCAGGGAGGAGCUGAGAAUAUCUAUAUCGGAGAAGCUGAUCCCAGCUUAUAGGUCCUUUCUUGGCCGGUUCAGGGUUCACAUAGAGAGUGGAAGACACCCAGAGACUUAUAUCAAAUACUCCGUGGAGGAUCUAGAAACUGCUGUCUUGGAUUUCUUUGAGGGGUACCAAGUUUCCCAGCACCCGAGGAGGAGAUCACAUUGAAGGGCUGAAUUUAGUUUUGCAAGUUAGAACCUAGAACGCAUUCUUUAUAAUUUUUUAUGAAGUGUUCGGUUGAGGUGGUGUGGGUCAAUCUGGGGGCUGGGCUAUACUGAAUCUUAAGUUCUUUGAGAUACCCUCUUAAUCUUAUGUGGAUUGGAGGAUAUCUAAUCCUCCAGAAGAUCACGUGCAAGUCUCUAGAAUAAGCCUUAUCCCUCUACUAAAUGCUUCUGCUAUGACUUGGUGAUAAGACAUUAAAGAAGGAUAUGUAGGAUGAAGAGACAAGCACCCUGACCAAUCUCCCACUGAUUUAUAGUCAUGCUUUGGGAGCACAUAUGAACUACUCCAGCAGCAGUUGCCAAAGCCAUGAAACAGGGUCAAGCAUCUGGAUUCCAAGGGUGGUUGCCAGGGCUACAAAGCAAACAGAUUCACUAGAAAACAAAAAGGAGCACUGGAAGCAGUAUUUCCGGUUGGUGGAUCCUCAAUGAAGAUUUUAUCCUAGUGAAACCUAGGUUUGUCCAUGUCUUGAACAAUCAUGCACAACACAAUAAAUUAUCCUUGGGCUUCCCUGGAGUAAUGUAUGGAUGUAAGUUUCUGAAGUAGGUUUUAUUUUCAUCUAUCAGAUUUUGUACAUUGGCACAUGAUCAUAAUCUCAUGUGUAGUUCAAAACAAGAGAUACGGACUUGAAGCUAUCAUAUUAGUGAUGUUACAGUUUGA